GCGCGCGAGGACGUGCGGGGAGCGCGCGCGCCGCCGCCACCAACGCCGCAACCGCCGCAACCGCCGCCGCCGCCGAGCUGGGCCGGAGUUGCCGGUUGUGGGGUUGAAGGUGAUGGCCGUGACUGAAGGCCUAGAGGCGGCGUCUCCCGGUGUUCCUGCAGUCGCUGCACGAGCCUCGGUCCGCACAUCGUCAUGAGAGGUCAGGCCUAGGGGAAGCGGGCGGAGGCGGCGAGGGCCUGCGGCGAGUGGGCUCUGGGGAGAAUAACUGAGGCACUCGAAGCUCGAACGUGGGUGGAAAACUGUCCUGGCGAUUCUGGAAGAGUCGUUUGCGUUUACUUUUCUUCCCUUUCUUGCUCGUGCACGGAGGAAAGUGGGAGGGUUCUACGUUUUUAUUUAAUGGAAAAAGGCGCUGAAACUGCCCCGUCCAACGUCCGUCUUUAGAGAUUCGAGAUCAGUAGCGGUCGUGGCGUUGGAGCAUCGGUGAAAGCCUUUAGUGAAAGGCACUAAAAACCAAACUGCCAAACAGUAUAACUAAAAAAAAGAAAAACUCAAACCUAGGAAUGAAGUAGAAUGACACAGAACAUGCCCUGAAGUUGACCCCAGCUUCCUCGUACAGACACGGCAGCAAGUCUCUGCGAUUUGUCAGCUGGUUUCGGACUCAGGCAUCGUCGGUGGCUACUCAGGCUCGUCAUUUAGGGAUCCUCCUCUGCCCCUGUUCUCUUUCCCCACACCGCCUCCCCUCAUCCUUAUUCAUACUGAAGAGUCAUCUAAUAAUUACAUGGCGACUCCCCAAGUCUCCUUAUUUUACAGGAGACAGAGCCCUAAAGCAAAGAAAUCUGGAUCACGGAAAAAGUAUCCAAGGGUCAUGCAAGCCAACUGUAGCCAACUUCACAGCCCUUCAGGAGCUGCAGGCAGUGAGGAUGCUGCAGCUUCCCAGUGUGUUCAAACAAGAUUGACAGGAGAAGCUUCCUGUCUUUAUUGUGGAGAUGUUCAUAUCCAGAUGAACUCCAUGCUGAAAGAAUGUGCUGAAAAUACAAGCUCUGGAAAUACAAGGUCAGGUGUCCAUAGCUGUACCCAUGGAUGUGCACAUAGUCGCUUCCGGAGUCACUCCCACAGUGAAGCAAGGCAGCCUGAUGAUACAAACACGGAGUCUGGAGAUCAUGGUAGUAGCUCCUCCUCAGAAUUCCGAUAUCUCUUCAAAUGGUUGCAAAAAAGUAUUCCAUAUAUUUUGAUUCUGGGUGUCAAACUUUUUAUGCAGCAUAUAACAGGCAUUUCUCUUGGAAUUGGGCUGCUUACAACUUUUAUAUAUGCAAACAAAAGCAUUGUAAAUCAGGUUUUUCUAAGAGAAAGGUGCUCAAAGAUUCAUUGUGCUUGGUUACUGGUAUUCUUAGCAGGAUCUUCUGUUCUUUUAUAUUACACCUUUCAUUCUCAAUCACUUUAUUACAGCUUAAUUUUUUUAAAUCCUUCUUUGGACCAUUCGAACUUCUGGGAAGUGCUUUGGAUUGUUGGAAUUACAGACUUCAUUCUGAAAUUCCUCUUCAUGGGCUUAAAAUGCCUUAUUUUAUUGGUGCCUUCUUUCAUUAUGCCUUUUAAAUCCAAGGGUUACUGGUAUAUGCUUUUAGAAGAAUUAUGUCAGUAUUACCGAACUUUUGUUCCCAUACCAGUUUGGUUUCGUUACCUUAUAAGCUAUGGGGAGUUUGGUAAUGUAACUAGAUGGAGUCUUGGGAUAUUGCUGGCUUUACUCUACCUCAUACUAAAACUUCUGGACUUUUUUGGACAUCUAAGAACUUUCAGACGGGUUUUGCGAAUUUUUUUUACACGACCGAGUUACGGAGUGGCUGCCAGCAAGAGACAGUGUUCAGAUGCGUAUGGUAUUUGUUCAGUAUGUCAAGCUGAAUUUCAAAAGCCAAUUCUUCUCAUCUGUCAGCAUAUAUUUUGUGAAGAGUGCAUUACCUUAUGGCUUAACAGAGAGAAAACAUGUCCGUUGUGCAGAACUGUGAUUUCAGACCAUGUAUACAAAUGGAAAGAUGGAGCCACUUCAUCACAGCUUCAGAUAUAUUAAGUUCUCAACUUAAUAUUAAAGCCACAAAACACUAUAAUUUCAUUUGGUUUCAGUGACUAUUGACAAAGACAUUAGAAUGGAUUUUCAGGGCUAGAAGUUAAGGAAAAUGUUUCCAAAUCAUUUUAGAGUAUUAUAAUAAGACAUAAGUGUGUAGUCCAAUUUAUCAAAGAUUAAAUGAAAAGAAUGCUAUAUUUAAAUAUAUAUACAUAAUGUUCAACCUAAUGCAUAUGCAACAUUUAUUCUAUCCUAAUUAUCUGACAGAUGAUUGCAGUGUUAAAAUUGUAAAUGUGUUUUCUUGUUAAUGUUACCAAAAUAACAAUUGCAUAACUAGAACUAGUGGUUUUAGAAGAAUUUGGGUAUUCUUUCCUGACAUUGUUUUUAGAAUAAAAAGUAUUUUUCACGAUAUUUUAAAGUACACAUUACCUGAAAGUAGAAUUUUCUUUAUCAUUGACUUUUAUAAUUCCCACUCAAAAAAUUCUCAACUUUUUCAUAAAAUUUGUAUUUUUAAAUGAAAGUUCUAAAUGCUAUAUUUUACUUGUAACAAUCGUAUUUUCUAAGGAAGAUCAAUGUACUGAGGAUGAACUAUUUUAAUACUGUAUUUUCUGUAAUAUGAUUAGCAGUCAUUGAGAACAGGUGAUUUAAAUUCCUAUUGUUUGUGAACAUUAUACAUACUGUCCUGCUGUCAGCUUUAAUGUUCAUGAUCUUGCUUUUUUGUAUAGUGCCAUGGACUGUAUUGAAGUAACUAUUAAAAUAAUUCACAUGGAUUGUAAA